AUGCCUGCUUUCAAAAGCAUUAAGAUUGCUCAUUAUCCUUACUCUUCUCCUCCACCACCAUCGCCUCCUCCUCCAUGCCCACCCCCUCCUCCUCCUCCUCCUCCUCCUCCUCCGUGUAGCCCUCCGCCACCUCCUCCUUGUAGCCCUCCCCCACCCCCUCCUCCUAGCUACCCACCUCCACCACCGCCUUGUGAUCACCACAACAAACAUUGUGGUCACUACCAACCACCCAGCGGCGGUGCUUCUCCACCGGCAUCACCACCAACUUCAUCGCCACCAAAGCACCCACCCAAACCUUAUGGUCCCUCCGCGCCACCAAAAACGCCGCCGAGUGGCCCGGCUGCUCCGCCAAAAUCACCACCGGGAUCGCCGUCUUAUCCACCUACACCCGGUGGUCCUGGAAAGCCACCGAAGCCAGGAUCCCCGUACUAUCCACCAACACCCGGCGGUCCCGGAAAGCCACCGAAGCCAGGAUCGCCGUAUUAUCCACCAACACCUGGUGGGGGAAAGCCACCAAAGCCAGGUUCUCCUUUAUAUCCGCCGCCAGUAGGUCCACUCACACCAUAUUCUCCACCAACCCCGACCGCCCUUACCCCACUUUCUCCCCCGUCCAACACCCUUGUUCCACCUCCUCCAGGCGGCGGCGGGGGCAACAACCACACCACCAUCAUCGCUGUGUGUGUCUCCUUAGGUGGAGUGUUCUUCCUUGCAUUCCUCGCAGUUGGCCUCUUUUGCUUGGCCAAGAAAAAGAAGAAGCCUGUUAUGGUCCCCGCAGCUGCUGCUGCUUGUGAACCUGAAGAAGCUUCCGCCUCCGGGCACGGUCAUGGCGGCGGGGAGAGCGGCGGCGCGCAUGGUGGUCCACCCUCUCAUGGUCAUGACCAUUAA